UUUCGCGUAGAAUUUUCAUAAUCCAAUAUCCGUUUUAGAAAAAUUUCAUUGUUGAAUAUUCAAUUAUUCGCAAAAUCAAAAUAAAUUAAGAGAGAAACUUUCAACAAUAAACAAUUUAAAGAAAGAAUAAUAAUUUUUAUUAAGUUGUCCGAAUCAAUUAACAAAAAAAUAAUAAUAUUAAAGAAUAAACGCAAGAAAAAAACAAAAACAAGAAAACCGAAAAAUCAUUCAAUUUAAUUGCGGGUUCCAUAGCACUGGUUAUUUUAGAGGCUUUGUCAUUAAAAAAGAAGCAUUAUUCCAAAUUUUUGGAAAAAAUUCUUAAUGUUUGGUUAUUUUCAAUCAUUAAAUGCAAAUAAACGUAAUAUAUUUUUUAAAAUGACUAGUGUUGCGUCAUUUCGACGCAAUAAAAUUAAAAGUAAAUCAAAUAAUGAUAUUCAAUCAGUUUUGAAUGAAAACGGCAAUUGUAGUAAUAACAAAAUGUCAAAUUCUACUACAAAUGCUAAUUUAAAUGCUGCAAAUUCAGCGACAUCAACUGCUUAUUCAAUGAAAAGUGAUCAUAAAAGAAAUCAUGUAAAUAAUAAUAGUGAUAUUAAGAAAAAUGAUAAUAACGAUAAUAUUAAUAAUAUUAACAUAAAUAAUAAUAAAUUUAUGAUCGAAAAUAAAAAAUUGUCACCAAUGUCUUCGAAAAAGAGUACGAUGAAUAAAUCAAAUAGCAGUAAAAAUAGUAAAGAUUCUAUGGAAAUAAAUCAAAGUAAUCAUUCUAAUAUGGAUAAAACAUCAAAUUAUAAUAAAAAUAAGGAUUUAAUUGGAAAAAAGGAAAGAAAUACAAGACGAGCUUUAGUAAGUGCUAAUACUCAAAUGGACAAUGAUGUAACACCAGUAUAUUUAGCGGCUCAAGAAGGUCAUUUAGAAGUUUUGAAAUUUUUAGUAUUAGAGGCUGGUGGAUCUCUGUAUGUAAGAGCACGGGAUGGCAUGGCUCCCAUUCAUGCUGCAUCACAAAUGGGAUGUUUAGAUUGUCUCAAAUGGAUGGUUGAAGAGCAGGGUGUUGAUCCUAAUUUACGCGAUGGUGAUGGUGCUACACCAUUACACUUCGCUGCAUCGCGUGGUCAUUUAUCAUCUGUAAGGUGGUUGCUUAAUCAUGGAGCGAAAUUAUCAUUGGACAAAUAUGGCAAAAGCCCAAUCAAUGAUGCUGCAGAGAAUCAACAAGUUGAGUGUCUAAAUGUUCUUGUCCAACAUGGUACGACAGUAGAUUAUGUGUCACAAAACGGAAAUAAUAAACUCGGUAGCGUUCGUCAGAAAACUGCAAUGAAAUACAACAACACAAGUAGUAAAUCAAGUCGUAGUAAUACAAUUAAAUCAAAAUCUUCGUCUGGUAGUUCAGAUGUUGAACCAUUUUAUUUACAUCCACCAUCAGCAAGAAAGAGUCAUGAUUCUGCUUCAUUUGGUACUCAAUCUAGGACAUCAUCGGAAAAAAUCUAUACUGGCGUAAUGCCUAACGACGGUUUAUAUGUGAACCCAAUGCGAAAUGGUUCAAUUACGCCACCAUCACCUAACGGGAGUAUAUCCGGGGAAUCGUUUUUUUUACAUGAUCCCCAAGAAGUUAUAUAUAACCGAGUUAAAGAUAUUUUUGACUCGGAUUGUAGUAGUAACAAAGAUGGCCAUGCCAGCUCAAAAAAUUUAAAUAAUCACACGAAUGCUUUGACAGUCCAAGCUGAAGUUCAUUCUAGCAGUAGUGGUGCUGCAAGCGGUUCAGAUGAAUCAAUUUCAGUUCGUUCGAGUACAGACUCGCCAAAAUCAAGUGGUAGAUUAAAUAAUAAUAAUAACAAUAAUAAUAAUCGUGGUAAUUUUUCCGUUUCUAUAAAUGGUAGUUGUAAAAAGUCUAAAAUUAAUGGUUCUGUUAAAAAUACUAGUAAUGACAAUCAUGAUUAUGAAGAUAUUUAUUUAGUUAGAGAAGAAUCUAAAUUAAAUGGUGCUAGUAAUAAAACAAAUAUUCGAAUUAUUGGUGGUAAUAUGAUUAAAGAUAGAUAUAAUAAUCCAGGCAGGAGCCGUUCUAAAGAUAGCGGUUCACACAGUAGAUCAGCUAGUGCCAGUUCAACCAGGAGUAAUGAUGUCAUAGUGCAAUAUGGUAGUCAUAAUCUUAAUAAUCGUGGGUCACUCUGUAAACGUAAUAAAUCAAAUUCAAUCAGUAACUUAAACAGUAGUAAAUAUGAUUCACCUAGAAAGGAUACGUAUACAGUAAAGAAUAUCAAUAUUAAAAAUCAGCUUAAUACACAUAAUAGUGGUAUUAAAAGUGAUACAUAUGAAAGUGUUUGCCCACCAGAAGAUAUUGUUGAACGUACUAAGCAAGCAAAUAAAAAUAAUUCAAUUAUUCACAACAAUUUAAGCUGUAAAAAUAACACAAAUAGUCGACCGCUAAAACGAGUUGUAUCAGCACCACAUACACAAACAACGCCAAAAGCACAUGGUCCACCACCCCCGCCAUUGCCACCUCCACUGAAAGCGACAGCCCAACGCUCCUUAUUUUCAAAUGAAAUUCAUAAUGAUGAUCAUAACAACGAUAACAAUAACCUAUGUUGUGAUAGCCCAGAUUCAGAUUCCGGUUUAGAAGUAGUCGAAGAACCAACUCUGAGACCAUCAGAAUUGGUAAAGGGAAACCAUAACAGAACGAUGUCAACGAUUUCAGCGAACAAGAAAGCCAAAUUAUUAAACGGAUCUUCAGUCGGUCACAAUCAACAGAAGCAGCAACAGCAGCAGCAGCAACAGCAACGUCUUAAACAAAAUAUUAAUAAUAAUAAUUCAGUUUCCGAAUUAUAUUCAACACAUCAUUUUCAAAAUCAAACACAACAACAACAUCAAAACAAGCAACAACAGAAACAACACCAACAACAGCAAAAUAAUAAUUCCAUCAAUAACAACAAUAAUAAUUCAUCUUCAUCUGGUAAUAAUAGUGGUAGCGAUGGUGAUUAUCAACAAUCAAAUUAUUCACAUUUAGGUUAUGAACGUCCUUGUUCACGUCCCGGUGGACCAAAUUUAGUUAACAAACAAUUAGUUUUACCAUUUGUACCACCAAGUUUUCCAAAUAAAUCACCAGAUGGUGUUACACAUUUAAUAAAACCAUCAGAAUAUUUAAAAAGUAUUAGUGAUAAAAGAUCUUGCACAUCAUCUGCAAGAUCUACCGACACAGAAGAGUACAUGCAAAUUUCAAUUCAUCAUCACCACAUUCAUCAAAAUUCCAGUGGCGGAGCAGAAAUUCCAAAACCGCCACCGCCACCACCAUUACCAAUCCCUCCUAUUCAUGGUAAUGAAAAUUCAAGUCGUGGAAUUCCUCCGCCUCCACCGCCCAUACAAGAUACUGUAACACGGAAACAACAUCAACCUUUAUCAGCUAUCUCUAUACAAGAUCUAAAUAGUGUACAGCUUCGUCGAACAGAAACAAAAAUGCUUUCAAAAACAUUUUCGGCACCAACUCGAAGCAUCAGUAUGCAAUGUUUGUCCACUACAAAUGAUGCAUUUCUAAAAACGGAUUUAAUUGCUGAGCUUAAAAUGUCGAAAGAUAUUCCAGGUAUUAAAAAAUUAAAAGUUGAAAAAGCAAAGCAAGCUGAAAGAGAGCAUUACACAGAAUUAUCUAAACAAUUCACGGCUAGUAAAUUUGUUGACCAGAUUCAAUUUCAGAUACCCGAUAAGGAUCAAGCGGGUAAUAUAAUACCUGAUUGGAAGAGACAGAUGUUAGCUAAAAAGGCAGCUGAACGAGCCAAAAAAGAAUUCGAAGAAAGAAUGGCCAUUGAAGCGGAAAACCGUCGACUUUCCCAAAUACCACAAUGGAAACGAGACUUAUUGGCUAGAAGAGAAGAAGCUGAAAAUAAAUUAAAGGCCACUAUCUAUACACCCCGAGUUGAAGAAUCUUCAAGAAUAACCGAUACUUGGCGUCUUAAAAAUACUCAACGUGCAGUCUCUAUUGACAAUAUUAAUUUUUCAUGUUCAACAACCAUUACAACAAUGAAUUCGAAUGGAGUAAUUGGAAAUUCAGAUAAUUCAGAAAAAAUUGAAAUCAACAAUAAUAGCAAUGCUAAUCAAUCCACAGAUUAUAAUAGUAAUGAUAACAACGAUAAUAAAAAUAAUCAACACAAUAAUAAUAACACUAAUAAUAAUAAUAGUAAUUAUAAUAGUAAUAACGUUAACAAUUGUAGUAACAUAAAUACUGAAAAUGAUGAAAAUGAAAAUAUAAUUCCUUGGCGAGCUCAACUUAGAAAAACGAAUAGUAGAUUAAGUCUAAUUGGUUAAUCAAUAUAAUGUACAUUAAUAUUAUAUACUUACAUAUAUAUAUAUACAUAUAUAUGAAUAAUUAUUAUAAACAUUGCAAUAACUAUUUAACUAACCCUUUCAAUUGGUAUUAAAAACAAAAAGGCAAUCAAAAUUUUAUUAAAAAUAUUAUUGACGAAAACUUAUUUUCUUAACAUUUAAACUAAUUAUUUGAAUAAUAUGAGCAAUGAAUAAUUAUUAUAAUUUUGUAUAUUUGAUAGAUUUAAUGACUAUACAUAUUUGUAUGUAUGUAUGAACUUUAAAAAUAAAAAUAUUUUUCUAAUUCCAAUGUCA